GGCUGCAGGCUGCAGAGCACCGCAGCCUGCUGUCACCUCAACAUGUCUGCUGCCGUCUACCUGCUCACCGGAGGCUGCGGCUUCCUCGGCCGGCAUCUGCUGCGGGUUCUGCUGGAGAAGGAGGACCAGCUGUCGGAGAUCCGGGUGUUUGACAAACAUGUAGACUUAAGUUUGAACGGACUCAGCACCGAGCGGACGAAGGUGGUGGUCAUCCAGGGCGACAUCACGGACUACAGCAGCGUGUUGGAGGCGUCCCGGGGCGCUGAAGUGGUCAUCCACACAGCCAGCCUGGUGGACGUUUGGCACAAAGUCCCGGAGAACCUCAUCGUCUCUGUCAACGUCACAGGAACAGAGAAUGUGAUCAACGCCUGCGUGGAGUGUGGCAUCCAGUGCCUGGUCUACACCAGCAGCAUGGAGGUGAUUGGCCCCAACGUCGACGGAGACGCAUUUGUCAGGGGCAAUGAAGACACACCUUACAAAGUGAAACACACGAUGGCCUAUCCUAAGAGCAAGGCAAAGGCAGAGAAAAUCGUGCUUGAAGCUAAUGGCACCAAGGUGAAGGGUGGAAAGUGUUUAUACACAUGCUCUCUGAGGCCGACGGGGAUCUAUGGCGAGGGACACCAGCUGCUCAAAGAUUUCUACAAGUUGGCUUUAGAAAGGGGGGGCUUGGUGGUCGGGGGUGUCCCAGAUGACGCUGAACAUGGACGGGUCUAUGCAGGCAACGUGGCCUGGAUGCACGUACUUGCAGCCCGGGCACUGAGGGAUCGACCGCAGACAGUCGGAGGUGAAGCAUUCUUCUGCUACGAUGACUCACCCUACAAGAACUACGAGGAUUUUAACAUGAUGUUCCUCUCCACGUUUAACUUCAGGAGGGUCCGCAUACCCUCCCUGGUGCUCUGGUUCCUGGCUUUACUCAAUGACGUGCUCCGCUGGGUAAUGAGCCCGUUAUACAACUACACGCCGUUGCUGAACAGUUACACUUUGGCCGUGGCUUGUACCUCCUUCACUAUCAGCUCAGAUAAAGCCCAGCGCCACUUCCAGUACCGCCCUCUGUACGACUGGGACCAGUGUCGCACCCGUACACAGAAAUGGGUUGACAUGCUUCCCCUGGAGAAUCCCAAAGACUCCUGAUGUGACCUCAACUACAACACGCUUUAGAAGGUGCUACGUUGACAUGCCAGGACUCCAGAUGUGCCACAUUGUGAAGAAGUAACCUGCAAUAAUGGGCAAAGAGAAGCCAACUGUAUUUACAGUAUAAAAAAACAUUUCAUUUCAUUGUUAUAGUUGUGUAAGUUUAGCAGCUUAGUUAUAAUGAAAACACAAUGAAAGCAUUUGUUCAAAUGAAGCACAUACAUUAUUAGAAUUGUGAGAUAAAAUAUGAAUGAUUAUUAAAUUCCGUUGGAUUCAGUUCAUUUUAGUUUACCAGGUACAACCACCAGGGACUAUACUUUCCGUUAAGAAUGAACUUUAUUCAGGUAUUAAACAUUUUUACAUCAGUAUUUGUAAUUAUGGAAAUUAUGACAAAUGUAAACACAAUUUACAAGCAUUUACUGGACUUUAUAUCGACGUUAAACUUGUAUUUCAGUAAUGUAUUGUUAUUGAUAGCAAUGUUUUAUGUUGCAUAAUUUAAAGAAUGUUUUAUAAUGACAUUGUCAAUGAAGUGCAUCAUGUUAAGUUUCUUACAUAUUUUUUAAUUGUUAAU